AUGGGCGAGCUGGGCUUCUUAAACCUUGAAGACGCGGAGGGGCGUGAGAGAUUUUGCGGCCCUGUUAGUGGCAUAGAGGACCCUAAAUUUAUGAUUCUCGAUGAUUGCAAGCUACUCAAAGGCACAGUGGUGCUAUCUGCCAAGAUUUCUGAGCUUGUUUUGGGAACAAAGGGAAUCGAUGUGCCCGCCGGUGUCGUUGAGUUAGACCCUUUCUUGUUUGAGACAGACAAGGAUGACCUCAGAGUCUGUGAGCUUGAAGGUGUCAUACUCAGUGACUGUGAGCCGUUUGAAGACACAGACGAGCUACUCGCUGGCGUCGACGAGCCUGCUACACUAGAGGUGAUUGAGGUCAAUGAGCUGGGCAUCUGCGAGGUUGAAGAAUAUGCUAAAUCGCUUAUACUUGUAGAUCUCGUCAAUGGCAUCGAUGAACCCGAAAUCAUUGUAAUUGAUGGGCUUGAAGUACUCGUGGCCGUGGCCUUAUAUGAGCUGGACUGUCUUGAGUUCAGCUGCCGCGAGCUCGAGGGAGGCGCUGUGGAAUUUUGA